AUGUCCCCCACCACCCCACUCGUCGAAGAGGCAAAGAAGGAGGAAGAGGAAUCGCGCCAUGUGAGAUUUGGAAAUGUCGUGGUCAACUACAUGCGCAACGUCACGGAUAUUGAUGGUGAGCGUACCCCUACUGAUAUACCGACACGCGAGCCUGAGCCCAUCACCGCUCCCACUACCGAAGGCGGCGCGGCGGAAGGCAGGCCACCUGCCCAAAGGCCAGUAGGUAGGGCUCAUCUGGAAAUCGCUCCAAAGUCCGCAAGGCAUUCCCGAAAUGCCAGUAGAAGUUCUUCGGCGGAGAGGAGAGAGGUUGACCGUAGCGUUCGGGGUCUGAUUGACCUUGCCGUUUGUGCGGCUAUCAAUGAAGCCUUGGAGGUGGCGAUUGAUACCCCACGACCUGCUCUCGAUAUAUGUGCGGCCAUACACCGCAUGCUCGAGCAGGACCAGGAUGAGGACUUCAUGGAGGUGGAGGAGGAGGAGGAGGAGGAGUGA